AUGGCUGGUGUUGAGGAAUCCAGAAUGGAGCUUGAGCUAUGCCCCCUUUUCCCCUAUUCAACCCUACUUUCGUCUGUGCUUUUGAAAAUUGAGAGUGAUGCUUACAUUCAUGCCCAGGUUUUCUUUCAUGAUGGUCUCUCCAAAUUUUUUGCAAGAAUUAAAACCAUGGAGAUUCGUAAGCAAGUUAUUUCAAUGUUAAGGAAGCUUUCAAGUGGUCAGCCUCCUACAGGGAGAGAUUUUACUUCCAUGAAUGGGGUUUCUUCUCAACCGUUGGAGCAAUAUAAGAUGGAUGGAUCACUCUACCUUGUCUGGACUGUAGACAUUCUAGAGGAAAAUUCAUGCAUUUUCCAGGUUCUGAAGGUUUGGGAUGUUUUACCUCUGUCUGAGAUACCAAAUUUAGCGAAGAUUGUUGACAUCUUCUAUGGCAAAUAUACAGCAGAUCAGAUCAACCGAUGCAAGCUAAGAUGCACUGAAGGGAAUUUGCAGGUUCCGAUGACCUGGCCUGUUCAAUCAAAUGAACUCUCGAAAGAUGAAUCUGUGGAGCUAUUGUCUAUCCAGUUUGCUUCAAAACUUAUCCUGUUUGCUCUUUGGCAAGGAGAUGAAAUCCUUGCUUCAGCCCUAGAAGCUAACCAGAGAGGUGAAACGAUGGAGAAGACGGAAGCAAAAACUGGAGAAGAAGUUGCUGGUAGAAGCUUAGUAGAUUUCGUGUUCUCUUGGUCUAUCAGGGAUUUACUUGACAGAGAUCUUUACAGAAACCAGGUGGAGAAGAUACCAGAGACAUUCAUGUCAAGGACACAUUACAUGAAGUCAUUCAUUCCAGCGUUAAUCGAGGAAACUCGUGCGGACUUAUGCUCAAACAUGGCAAUGGUCUCCCAAGCACCAAUAAGAGAGAUCGUUUCAAUAAUAAAAUCAACAGAGUAUAAACCUCCGAAAGACUUGUUUUAUAAGAUCUGGUUGGAAAGAAUGAGAAACAAUAGGAACGGGAAAGGAAUAUAUAAGCCUGAGGUUGGAGAUCUCCUUGCUUUGACAGAUGUAAGACCGAAAGACAUUGAUGAUUUAAACAGGCCUGGGAUAAACUAUCUUCUUGCUUAUGUUCAUAGGCUAUCGAAUGGGCUAGAUGACGAUGAAGAUAAUGACAAGAAUCAUGAAAUGUUGUCAAUUCUCACAUCCAAGCCCAUUGAAUUUGAAUUAGAAGACAAACAAAAUAAAAAGGAGUCUGUCAUUGCUGGACGAGGAAUGCGAACGAACAAGAGAGCCAAUGUAUUCGUAGUUUAUCUAGCGAACGUUAUGACAAAUAUUCGUAUAUGGAGAUCACUAAACUCAGAUCUUGAAGGGGGGAACAUGAACAUCAUCGAGAAUGUGCUUCAGACUAAUUCAGCUGUAAGCAGGGAUGGCCAGGACUGUGCUCACUGCUUAUCUGAAGGGAAUAGAAGUGCUACACUUUAUGGUGUGGAAGAAACCAUAAUCAGCUCUUCCAAUUUAAAUGUCUCACAGGAAGAUGCAAUUGCAAGCUGCAUUGGUCUAAGUGCAUGCCAACAUCAGAGUACUGUCAAACUAAUUUGGGGUCCUCCGGGGACGGGGAAAACAAAGACGGUUGGUUCAUUAUUGCAUUGUCUACUUAAAUUGAAGUGCAGGACACUUACAUGUGCUCCAACCAAUAUUGCUGUGCUGGAAGUGACGUCGAGACUCCUAAGCCUAGUUACCGACUCUCUUGAAUAUGACACUUACGGACUUGGGGAUAUAAUUCUAUUUGGGAACGGGAAUCGAAUGAAGAUCUCUGAGAAAGCUGAUCUUGAAGAUAUAUUUCUUGACCAUCGCGUUGAAGUACUUGAUUAUUGCUUUGCCCCGUCGACCGGGUGGAAGCACACUGUAGACUCAUUGAUAAAUUUGCUUGAAGAUCCAGAGCAGCAGUACAGUCAGUAUUUGGAAAUUAUGAAAGAAGAGAACGAGGAGGGGAAGUGUCAGGAUGAUGGAAUGCUUGAAAUUGAAGAGAUGAGCAGAACCAAAGAGAAAGAUGAAGAGGUCAGUGAUCAAAAUCACAAGGGCCGGAACAGGAGGAAUGCUCUGAAGAAAGUUCUUUUGCAGGCCUUGAAAGACAACAAGAAAACUGAAAAACAGAAACGAAUGUUUUCUUCUUAUCCAGAGAAGCUUCAAAAGUGUGAGGGAAAGGGAGAUAAAGUUGGCAAGGAAAACAAGGAAGAUAUACUCCCGUUCGAGGAAUUCAUAAAGAAAAGGUUCAAAAUCCUUUGUGAGAAGCUGGACUUUUUAAUCGUAGGUUUAUAUACGCACUUGCCAACAUCUAUCAUUUCAUUAGAAGUAGUGAAGAACAUGAUUAGAGCUCUUGAUUCGCUCAGCUGCCUAAAACGCUUGUUGAAUGGUGUUACCGUUGGAGAUGAAGGUUUAAAGCAAGUCCUCAAUGAUUUUGAAGAUGAAGGAAGCAGUGUUUGUAAAUUUUCAUGGUUGGCCACUAGAAGAAAGGAAAGCAUUCUGAUACUGAAUUCACUUCCUCGGAAAUUUGAAGUUCCAAAUUUUUUUGAAAGUUAUGAAAUCAGAAAUUUUUGCUUGAAAAAUGCAUGUCUGGUUUUCUGCACUGCUUCAAGCUCUGCCAAGUUGCACACAGAAGGAAUGACACAGAUACAAUUGUUGGUUAUUGAUGAAGCUGCCCAGCUUAAAGAAUGUGAAUCCACCAUUCCAUUGCAACUUUCUCAUCUUCGCCAUGCUGUUCUUAUAGGCGACGAGCGCCAACUUCCUGCCAUGGUUCAAAGCAAGAUUUCCGAGGAAGCCGAAUUCGGGAGGAGUUUGUUUGAGAGAUUGGUCAUACUGGAUCACAAGAAACACCUUCUGGAUAUGCAAUAUAGGAUGCAUCCAUCUAUAAGCUUAUUCCCAAAUAAAGAGUUCUAUGAUGGGCUAAUUCAGAAUGCUCCAAAUGUCAAUGGAAGAAACUAUCAGAAACAAUUCCUUCAAGGAAAUAUGUAUGGCCCUUACUCAUUUAUUAAUGUAGUCAGCGGGAACGAGCAAUUCAAUAACGGCAAGAGCAAGAAAAAUUUGGUUGAGGUUGCUGCAGUUUCAGAGAUAGUUGCAAGCCUUUUUAAAGAAUUUAAGAGGGCAAGAAAGAGAAUGAGCGUAGGAGUAAUAUCACCAUACAACGCUCAAGUGUACGCAAUUCAAGAAAAAAUUGGAUCAACUUACAGUGCAUAUAGCGACUUUGCUGUAAAUGUCCGGUCAAUCGAUGGAUUUCAAGGUGGCGAGGAGGAUAUUAUAAUUAUCUCUACAGUCAGAUGUAAUGCAAAUGGAUCAGUGGGUUUUCUUUCCAAUCGCAAAAGAGCUAAUGUGGCUUUGACCCGUGCAAGGUAUUGCCUGUGGAUAUUGGGAAAUGGAGCAACUCUUGUCAACAGUUACUCUAUUUGGAAUAGAUUAGUUGCUGACGCUAAGGAACGGGGGUGUUUCUAUAAUGCCGAUGAGGAUAAAAGCUUGUCCAAGGCUAUAAUGGAUGCCUUGUUAGAGUUGGACCAACUUGAUGCUGUGUUGAAUGUGAAUUCUCCACUGUUCAGAAAUGCAAGAUGGAAGUUUUGCUUCUGUGAGGAUUUUCGGAAAUCCGUUUUGAGAGUGGGAAAUGAGGUUCGUCAGGAAGUGAUUUGUUUGUUGGCAAAGCUUUCAAGUGGCUGGCGUCAGUCUCCCAAUGACGGAAACAUCAUCGUCCGAAAAGGAACUUCUUCUGAACUGUUAGAACAAUACAAAGUCAAUGACGAGCUCAAUCUCAUUUGGACAGUGGACAUCAUCAAGGAAAACUCAAACCACACUCAAAUUCUCAAGGUGUGGGAUAUUUUACCAUUACAUGAUUUACCAAAACUAGCAAGGCGUCUCGAUGCUGUCUUUGGGAAUUAUACGGUGGAUAAGAUGAAUCGCUGCAAACACAAAUGUAUCGAAGGAAAUUUGGUUGUUCCCAUGAGAUGGUCAAUGGGUUUCGGUGAUGCUGCCGAGAGUAAUAAUCCUGAAGCCGAUCCUGCACAACUUCUGUCACAACCAUUCGCUUCACUUGUUAUCAGGGAUGAAUCAGAAGCUCCAGCAACAACUAACAGCCCUGGAGGUCCAGGAAUUAUGGAUUUAGCAGUGCAGGAAGGGGAUCAAAGCCUAGGUGGUGAAGGGCAAGUAAGAAUUAAUGUGAUUGGUCUACAAGUUCUUGGUCGGAAGUUGCAGCUAACGGUCGGUCGAGUUGAAGAGGCAAUAGCGUUUUUUGAAGAGAUGCUUAGAGUAAAGGUUACGCCUAAUGUGAGGACAAUGCGUAGUAUCCUUCUGAGAAGGCUGAAUUUGGAAGAAAGAGGUGAAACGAUGGAGAAAGAGACGGUAGCAAAAACCGAAGCAGAAGUUGCGGGUAGAAGCUUAGUAGAUUUUGUGUUCACUUGGUCUAUCAGGGAUGUACUUCGCAAAGAUCUUUACAAAAAUCAGGUGGAGAAGAUACCACAGACAUUCAUGUCAAGGACACAUUACAUGAAGUCAUUCAUUCCAGCGUUAAUCGAGGAAACUCGUGCGGACUUAUGCUCAAACAUGGCAAUGGUCUCCCAAGCACCAAUAAGAGAGAUCUUUUCAAUAGAAAAAUCAAAAGAGUAUAAUCCUCCGAAAGACUUGUUUUAUAAGAUCUGGUUGAAAAGAAUGAGAAACAAUUGGAAUGGGAAAGGAAUAUACGAGCCUGAGGUUGGAGAUCUCCUUGCUUUGACAGAUGUAAGACCGAAAGACAUUGAUGAUUUGAACAGGCCUGAGAUAAACUAUCUUCUUGCUUAUGUUCAUAGGCUAUCGAAUGGCCUAGAUGAUGAUGAAGAUGAUGACGAGAAUCAUGAAAUGUUGUCAAUUCUCACAUCCAAAUCCAUUGAAUUUGAAUUAGAAGACAAACAAAAUAAAAAGGAGUCUGUCAUUGCUGGACAAGGAAUGCAAAAGAACAAAAAAGCCAAUGUAUUCGUCGUUUACCUUGCGAACAUGACGACAAAUAUUCGCGUGUGGAGAUCAUUGAACUCAGAGCUUGAGGGAGGAAACAUGAACAUCAUUCAGAAUUUGCUUCGAACUAAUUCAGCUGUAAGAAGGGAUGGCCAGGACUGUGCUCACUGCUUAUCUGAAGGGAAUAGAAGUGCUACACUUUAUGGUGUGGAAGAAACCAUAAUCAGCUCUUCCAAUUUAAAUGUCUCACAGGAAGAUGCAAUUGCAAGCUGCAUUGGUCUGAGUGCAUGCCAACAUCGAAGUACUGUCAAACUAAUUUGGGGUCCUCCGGGGACGGGUAAAACGAAGACGGUUGGUUUAUUAUUGCAUUGUCUACUUAAAUUGAAGUGCAGGACACUUACAUGUGCUCCAACCAAUAUUGCUGUGUUGGAAGUGACGUCGAGACUCCUAAGCCUAGUUACAGACUCUCUUGAAUAUGACACUUAUGGACUGGGGGAUAUAAUUCUAUCUGGGAACAGGAAGCGAAUGAAGAUCUCUGAGAAAGCUGAUCUUGAAGAUAUAUUUCUUGACCAUCGCGUUGAAGUACUAUAUCAUUGCUUUGCCCCAUCGACUGGGUGGAAGCACACCGUAGACUCAUUGAUAAAUUUGCUUGAAGAUCCUGAGCAGCAGUACAGUCAGUACUUGCAAAUUGUGAAAAAAGAGAACGAGGAGGGGAAGUAUCAGGAUGAUGGAAUGCUUGAAACUGAAGAGAUGAACAGAAGCAAAGAGAAAGAUGAAGAGGUCAGUGAUCAAAAUCACAAGGGCAUGAGCAGAAGGAAAGCUCUGAAGAAAGUUCUUUUGCAGGCCUUGAAAGACAACAAGAAAACUGAAAAACAGAAACGAAUGUUUUCUUCUUAUCAAGAGAAGCUUCAAAAGCGUGAGGGAAAGGCAGAUAAAGAUGGCAAGGAAAACAAGGAAGAUAUACUCCCGUUUGAAGAAUUCGUAAAGAAAAGGUUCGAAAUCCUUUAUGAGAAGCUGGAAUUUUUAAUUGUAGGUUUAUAUACACACUUGCCAACAUCUUUCAUUUCAUUAGAAGUAGUGAAGAACAUGAUUAGAGCUCUUGAUUCGCUCAGUUGCCUAAAACGCUUGUUGAAUGGUGUUACUGUUGGAGAUGAAGGUUUAAAGCAAGUCCUCAAUGAUUUUGAAGAUGAAGGAAGCAGUGUUUUUAAAUUUUCAUGGUUGGCCACUAGAAGAAAGGAAAGCAUUGUGAUACUGAAUUCACUUCCUCGAAAAUUUGAAGUUCCAAAUUUUUUUGAAAGUUAUGAAAUCAGAAAUUUUUGCUUGAAAAAUGCAUGUCUGGUUUUCUGCACUGCUUCAAGCUCUGCCAAGUUGCACACAGAAGGAAUGACACCGAUACAAUUGUUGGUUAUUGAUGAAGCUGCCCAGCUUAAAGAAUGUGAAUCGACCAUUCCAUUGCAACUUUCUGGUCUUCGCCAUGCUGUUCUCAUAGGCGACGAGCGCCAACUUCCUGCCAUGGUUCAAAGCAAGAUUUCCGAGGAAGCCGAAUUCGGGAGGAGUUUGUUUGAGAGAUUGGUCAUACUGGGUCACAAGAAACACCUUCUGGAUAUGCAGUAUAGGAUGCAUCCAUCUAUAAGCUUAUUCCCAAAUAAAGUGUUCUAUGAUGGGCUAAUACAGGAUGCUCCAAAUGUCAAAGAAAGAAACUAUAAGAAACAAUUCCUUCAAGGAAAUAUGUAUGGCCCUUACUCAUUUAUUAAUGUAGCCAGUGGGAAAGAGCAAUUGAACAACGGGAGGAGCAUGAAAAAUUUGGUUGAGGUUGCUGUAGUUUCAGAGAUAGUUGCAAGCCUUUUUAAAGAAUUUAAGAGGGCAAGAAAGAAAAUGAGCGUAGGAGUAAUAUCACCAUACAACGCUCAAGUGUACGCAAUUCAAGAAAAAAUUGGAACGACUUACAGUGCAUAUAGCGACUUUGCUGUAAAUGUCCGGUCAGUCGAUGGAUUUCAAGGCGGCGAGGAGGAUGUUAUAAUUAUCUCUACAGUCAGAUGUAAUGCAAAUGGAUCAGUGGGUUUUCUUUCCAAUCGCAAAAGAGCAAAUGUGGCUUUGACCCGUGCAAGGUAUUGCCUGUGGAUAUUGGGAAAUGGAGCAACUCUUGUCAACAGUUACUCUAUUUGGAAUAAAUUAGUUGCUGACGCUAAGGAACGGGGGUGUUUCUAUAAUGCUGAUGAGGAUAAAAGCUUGUCAUUGGCUAUAAUGGAUGCCUUGUUAGAGUUGGACCAACUUGAUGCUGUGUUGAAUGUGAAUUCUCCACUGUUCAGAAAUGCAAGAUGGAAGUUUUGCUUCUGUGACGAUUUUCGGAAAUCCAUUUUGAGAGUGGGAAAUGAGGCUCGUCGGGAAGUGAUUUCUUUGUUGGCAAAGCUUUCAAGUGGCUGGCGUCAGUCUCCCAAUGACAGAAACAUCAUCGUCCGACAAGGAACUUCUUCUGAACUGUUAGAACAAUACAAAGUCAAUGACCAGCUCAAUAUCAUUUGGACAGUGGACAUCAUCACGGAAAACUCCAAGAACACUCAAAUUCUCAAGGUGUGGGAUAUUUUACCAUUACAUGAUUCACCAAAACUAGCAAGGCGUCUCGAUGCUGUCUUUGGGAAUUAUACCGUGGAUAAGAUGAAUCGCUGCAGACACAAAUGUAUAGAAGGGAAUUUGGUUGUUCCCAUGAGAUGGUCAAUGGGUUUCGGUGAUGAUGCCGAGAAUAAUAAUCCUGAAACCGAUCCUGCACAACUUCUGUCACAACCAUUCGCUUCACUUGUUAUCAGGGAUGAAUCAGAAGCUCCAGCAACAACUAGCAGCCCUGGAGGUCCAAGAAUUAUGGAUUUAGCAGUGCAGGAAGAUGAUCAAAGCCUAGCUGGUGAAGGGCAAGUUGGUCUCCAAGUUCCUGCUUGCAAAACCCUCCAAACUCCCAAACAAAUCCACUCCCAAAUCAUCAAAUCUGCCCUCCACAACACCCAUUUUGCACUUAACAAGCUCACCAAGUUUUGCGCUGUUUCUCCAUACGGCGACCUCCCUUACGCUAUCUCACUCUUCGAAACCAUUCAAAACCCCAAUCAUGUCCAUGCACAUGUGUUGAAGCUUGGACUUGAACGUAAUGCCUUUGUACAUACUUCGUUGAUUAACGUGUAUGCUCAAAAUGGUGAUUUGGUUGAUUCGAGAUUAGUGUUAGAAAAGUUAUAUGAGAGAUGCUGUUUCUUUCACAAAUUUGAUUACUGGGUAUGCUUCAAAGGUUUUUUGGAUGAUGCUCGAGAGCUGUUUGAUGAAAUUCCUGUUAGAGAUGUUGUGUCUUGGAAUGCUAUGAAUACUGGGUAUGCUCAGAGUGGUCGAGUUGAAGAGGCAAUAGCAUUUUUGAAGAGAUGCUUAGAGCAAAGGUUACACCUAAUGUGA